CAUCUACACCUCUCUGCUUCAAUUCCGAAAUUUCCAGGCGAAUAAAAACCACCGGCAAAAUUUGGCGGAGAAACCUCGCCGAAGAAGCAAGCUAUGGCGGGCAGGAUUGCGGUAGCUGGAUCGCUACCGUGGAACUUGUUAAUUCAAGCUCUAGUUCUGAUAUCACUAUCAUUUCCCGCUAUCUCCAGCGCCUACCGACCAGGAGAUAUCGUCCGGAUGAGCAAGAUGGGGCAGUAUCACUCUUCGAGAACGACUUGGCACGAUGUGAUCGGAAAGCAUUGCCCGAUCUUCGCCGUUAAUCGCGAGGUGUUGAUCCCCAUAGCGAAACCAAUUGGCUACACGGGAACAGAUCCUUAUAAGAUAAAGUUCCAAGUUGGAAGUGAGAAAUAUCUAAUUCACUGGCUUUUGGUGAUAAACCGUAAGAGCUCAGAAGUUCCGAUGAUCGAUGUUAAUUUGAGAUAUUCUGGUGGAGAUUUGCUUGGAGUCACAGCUCAAGUUAUCGAUUUGCCUCAUAGCUAUGUGAAUACACAUCCGGAGAUCCGCACACAGUUCUGGGAUGCUCAACACUGGCCAAAACAUGUUCUUGUUAGAUACACAUGGAAGGAGCAGUCAGAGAUUGAUGUGUCCUCAGGAUUUUAUGUCCUCUUUGGCUCAGCUCUCACAUUCUCUUUCGUACUCUCCAUUUACGUCUUACAAUCUUCACGAGAGAAGCUGGCGAGGUUUGUAAGAGAGACGGUUGUGGAAAGCAGCUCGAAUGUUGGAGGCAUUGGUGGAAUUGGCAAGAGAGUUAAGAUUAUGGAGGGGCUCUUAAAGUUGUCAACACUGGUCAUCGUGUGCAUGUUAGUGUCUGCUCCAUUGGCGUCGGAGGCAGCAAUCUCCUGCGGCGCAGUCGCCGGCAACUUGGGGCAAUGCAUUAACUACCUGACCCGAGGCGGUUACAUUCCUAGAGGAUGUUGUAAUGGCAUUCAGACGCUCAACAGGUUGGCUCGGACCACCAGUGACCGCCAACAAGCAUGCCGCUGCAUCCAGGGAGCCGCUAGGGCCUUGGGUUCACGACUUAACCCAGGCCGUGCUGCUCGUCUUCCUGGUGCUUGCCGUGUUAGGAUCUCUUACCCCAUCAGCGCCAGAACCAACUGUAACAAGUAA